AUGAACACUAUCAACACCACUACUCCUAUCAACACCGAUACUAUCACCACCACCAACAUACUAUCACCACCACCACUAUCAACACCAAUACUAUCAACACCACUACUAUCAACACCAAUGACACUAUCAACACCAAUACUAUCAACACCAAUAAUACUAUCACCACCAAUACUAUCACCACCAUGA